AUGGCGCAGAAGAGGAACCAAGCAGUGUGCGAGGAUGUGCUGGAGGCCGAUAUUGCCUUCCUCGUGGAUGGCUCGUCCAGCAUCGGCAGGAACAACUUCCGUGCCAUCCGCACCUUCAUGGAUGACCUCGUGGGGCCCUUCGUGCAGGUGGUGGGUGAGAAGGCAGUGCGCUUCGCCGUGGCGCAGUACAGCGAUGAGCCACGGGUGGAGUUCCCCUUCUCCCAGCACUCCGAUGGCACAAGCGUCCGGAGGGCCAUCCAACAGCUGAGCUACAAGGGUGGCAACACACGGACCGGUGCCGGCUUCCGCUACAUUGCUGACAACUUCUUUGGCCCCACGCAGCUCCGGCCUGGGGUCCCCCAGAUCUGCAUCCUCAUCACGGAUGGCAAGUCCCAGGAUGAUGCUGAGGGGCCAGCAGCGAAGCUGAAGAGCCAGGGCAUCAAGGUCUUUGCUGUGGGGGUCAAGAACGCCGACCACAAGGAGCUGAUCCGCGUGGCCUCGAUGCCCACUGAUGCCUUCUUCUUCUAUGUCGGUGACUUCAAGCUGCUGGGGACGCUGGUGCCGCUGAUGACACGCAGGGUGUGCACGAGCGUUGGGGGCACCCUCCAAUGGCCCCUGCGCUGCCCCACAGAUGGGCCAAGCCAUGCCGGCCCCUCCAACCUGGAAAUCCUGGAGCGGGGCCUCGACCAGCUGCGGAUCCGCUGGACGGCGGCCAGCGGCCCUGUCACUGGCUACCGUGUGCAGCGCGUGCCGCUGACAGGGCUGGGGCAGCCGAUCGUGGUGGAGAGGCAGGAGGUGAGCCUGGGACCGCGGGAGACGAGCACUGUGCUGCGGGGACUGCGGGCAGGGACAGAGUACCUGGUCACUGUCACUGCCCAGUACGCCAACAGCAUCGGCGAGUCGGUGUCUGGCCGAGCACGCACCCAGAGCCGUGCUGUCUCCGUGCUGGAUUUCCGCGUGGUGGAGACUGGACCAACCUUCCUGCGGCUGGCCUGGCAGCCCAGCCCUGAGCCCCCCCAGGGCUACAGCCUCAGCUACACCGUGCAAGGAGUAGCCCAGGGGGAGGAGAAGAGCCUUGGGGCCAGCGCCCAGUCGGCCACGCUGAGCAACCUGCGCCCCGACACUGAGUACGUGGUGACUCUCCGACCCCGCUAUGCACAGCAGCCCGCCGUCCCCACCACCCUCACCACCCGGACACGGCGCCCGGUGGGCGUGCAGCACUUGGCUGUCCACAAUGUCUCGGCGCAGAGCAUGCUGCUGGCCUGGCAACCCGUCAGCGGUGCCACCGGCUACCGGCUCUCCUGGGCGACCCUCACAGGGCAGGACAGGCACAGGGUGGACCUGGAUGCUGGGCGGACGUCACACGCACUGGGGGGACUGCAGCCCAACACUGACUAUGUGGUGAUGGUGGCCCCACUCUUCGGGCAGCUGGAGGGGCCCAUGGCCACUGUGCGGCAGAGGACGGAGGCGGGUGCCGAGCAGACACUGCGGACCAACAUCCUGGGCCCCACGUCCAUCCAGGUGCUCUGGAGUGGUGCCCGCGAUGCCCGUGGCUACCGCCUGGAGUGGAAGAGAGCCACAGGACCAGAGCCCCCCAGGACAGUGUCAGUCCCCAGUAGCGCCAACACCUACCAGCUGACAGGGCUGCAGCCGGGCACUGAGUACCGCAUCACCCUCUACACGCUCUAUGACGGCGGGGAGGUGGCCACCCCUGUCACCACCUUCCAGACAGGCGUGGAGGUACCUGUGGGCGCUGUGUCGGACCUGAGGCUUGUCGAAGAGGUGGGCAGGCGGGUGCGACUGGGCUGGACUGGCAUCCCCGAUGCCACUGAGUACAAAGUGGUUGUGCGCAACAACCAGGACGGCACGGAGAGGACGAGGCGCGUCCCAGGCAGCCAGACGGGGCUGGAGCUGGGUGACCUCCGGGAGGGCAUCACCUACCUGGUGCGCGUCUCAGCGCUGGUGGGCAGCCGGGAGGGCAGUGCCACCACGCUCACCGUUCGCCUCAAGUACCCGGCGGUGGGCAGCAUCUCGGAGCUGCGGGUGACAGAGGCCGGUCCCAGCCAGCUGCGGGUCACCUGGCGAGGGCUGCCAGGUGCCGGGGGCUACCUGCUGACCUGGCGAGGCAGCAACGGCCUGGAGCAAUCCCGCUUCCUCCCCGCCGACCCCACUGCCUUCACCAUCGAGGGGCUGCGCGCUGGCAUCGUCUACACGGUCGGUGUCUCAGCCAUCGUGGACGGCCGUGAGGGCAGCCCCGUCACCGCCACAGGGCGGAUAGCACCUGAGCAGGUGGGGACGGUGUCCCGGCUGGAGGUGCAGGCAUCCAGGAGCAACGUCGCCCGUGUCACCUGGGUCGGUGUACCGGGAGCCACCGCCUACCGCGUGGAGUGGAGCCGCAGGGACGGGGGCUCGGAGAGCAGCCGGCGGGUUCCUGGCCACACCAACUCUUUCGACAUUCCCGACCUGGAGGGUGGUGUCUCCUACACCGUGAAGGUGACGGCACUCGUUGGCAACCGGGAGGGCAACCCUGUUUCCAUAGUCGUCACCACCCCCCCAGUGCCCCCUGUCAGCAGCUUCCAGGUGAUGGAGGCUUUGGAGCACCACCUGCGCCUGGCCUGGGUGCCAGCGGCUGGCAGCGCCGGGUACCGCCUCGUCUGGCGCCUGGCAGAGGGGGGGCCCCAGCAUAGCCAGCAGCUCCCAGCUACCGCCAGCUCCUAUGACGUGGGGGGGCUGGAGCCAGGCCGGCGCUACCACAUCAGCAUCACCAGCCUAGCUGGUGGCCGAGAGAGCAAACCAGCCACCAUCACCGCCAUCACCGCUGCCCCAGCCCCUGUCACCAGCCUGCGGGUGGCGGAGGUGCGGAGAGACUCAGUGAUGCUCGCCUGGACCCCAGUCCCUGGUGCCUCCAGCUACAUCCUCUCCUGGACCCCCCCCACAGGUGAGGCAGGUGGGCGGCCCCAGACGCUGCCAGGUGCUGCCAGCUCCCAGCAGGUCUCUGGGCUGCGCUUGGGCCAGCGCUACACCUUCACCCUCCGCCCGGUCCUGGGGAGCACACCGGGAGCCGAGACCUCCGUCAGUGAGCGCACGGUCUGCAGGGACGCCCGUGGUGACAUCGUCUUCCUGGUGCAUGGCACCCGUGACAGCUCCGCUGGCGCUGAUGCUGUCCGCACCCUCCUCUCCAACACCGUGUCUGCCCUGGGGCGCCUGGGCCCCGAGGGCACCCAGGUGGCUCUGGCCACAUACAGCUACCGCAGCCUGCCCUGGCUGCUCCUCAACCGCUCCAGUGACCUGCCCGCCGUGCUGGAGCAGAUCCGCACCAUGCGCUACGAGGAGCCCAGCGGCAAUGCCAUCGGGGCAGCCAUCACCUUUGCCAGGACCUACCUGCUGAGCCCCGGCGCAGGGCGCCGGCCCACUGUGCCGGCGGUGCUGGUGGUCCUGGCCGAUGGCCCCUCCGGGGAUGAUGCCAUCGCCGCGGCCAGGGACGUCAAGGCUGGGGGGGUCCGGGUGCUGGCAGUGGGCUUGGAGGGGGCAGACCGGGAGCAGCUCCGGCGCGUGGUCACCAGCGAGGACCCACGGUACAUCUACCACGGCGGCGGUGACCUGGCAGAGCUGGAGGGGGAGCUCACCGAUGACCUCUGCACCAUCAUCUCCACCAGGCCGGAGCCAGAGCCAGAGCCGAAACCAAAGCCCUGCACCGUGCAGUGCCCCAGGGGUGAGAAGGGGGACCGUGGUGAGCCGGGCCGCCAUGGGCUGCCUGGCCCUCCAGGACCUGCAGGGCCACAGGGUCUGCCAGGAGAGAGCGUCGAGCGGCCGGGCAAGAAGGGGGACAGGGGAUUCCCUGGAGCUGAUGGGACACCGGGAAGCCCCGGCCGCCCAGGGAACCCCGGAUCCCCAGGCCAGCCGGGGCAGCGGGGGCCGAUGGGGCUUUCUGGCCCGAAGGGGGAGAAAGGCGAGCCGGGAGAGCCCAGGGUGGUCGUGGAUGGAGUACAGGGCCUCCCAGGCCGGAAAGGGGAGCCAGGCACACCGGGGGAGAAGGGUGACCGAGGGGAGAGGGGCCUGCCUGGGGACCCUGGGCCCCGGGGACCUGCCGGGCCCCCCGGCCUGAAGGGAGAGAAGGGUGACACCAAAGAAGGUUUCCCAGGGCUGCCUGGCCGCCCUGGGGACCCAGGAGACCGGGGCCCUCGGGGACCGCCGGGGGAGCAGGGCAGGAAGGGGGACCGUGGGGCGCCAGGCGAGCUGGGAGAGAUGGGCGAGAAGGGUGACCGCGGUGUGCCGGGCCCCGAAGGUGAAAAGGGUGAUCCAGGACCACCUGGCAAGCCAGCUCCCAGUGUGGCAGGUGUUGGAGGAGAGAAGGGUGACAGAGGCUUCCCAGGACCAGAAGGACCUCCUGGCCCCAAGGGUGAUGUAGGAGAUAAAGGCACCCGUGGUGCCCCUGGCCUGAGCAUCCCGGGGCCAGCUGGCCCCAAAGGCGAGCAGGGUGAUCGGGGUAUCGUUGGCCUCACAGGCAGGAGCGGCCCAAAGGGCGACCCGGGGGAGCCAGGGGAGAAGGGCGAGCCAGGCCGAGCAGGUGCCCCAGGGCAGACUGGGCUGCGCGGCAAGGAGGGAGAGCGUGGAGAGAAGGGUGACGAAGGCACCCCGGGUGAAGCAGGUCUGCCUGGCAAACCUGGAGACAGGGGCCCCCGGGGCCUUCCUGGGUACCGCGGCCCCCCCGGGGAGAAGGGUGACUCAGGGGACCCGGGUCCCGAAGGCAGGAACGGCAGCCCUGGAGCACCAGGGAGCAAGGGUGACCGCGGGGAGCCGGUUGAUGUGGGGCUCGGAGGAGUGGGGGAGAAGGGCGAGAAGGGGGACCCUGGGGACCCCGGCGAGGACGGCGCAAAGGGCGCCCGGGGCGACACUGGCUCCUCCGGCCUGCCCGGAGAGAGGGGUGUGGAGGGCCCCCGCGGCCCCCCCGGUGCACGGGGUGACCCCGGGGACCGAGGCUUGCCAGGAGAGAAGGGGGACCGCGGCCCGCCGGGGCUGGAUGGCCGCAACGGGCUGGAAGGCAAACCCGGGCCCCUGGGCCCCGCCGGGCUGCGGGGGGACCAGGGGAAGCAGGGAGACCCCGGCCGGGAUGGGCUGCCUGGGCUGCGUGGGGAGCAGGGACCACCUGGGCCCGUGGGCCCCCUGGGACCGCCCGGUGUCCCUGGCAAACCCGGUGAUGAUGGCAAACCCGGCCUCAGCGGCAAGAACGGAGAAGAUGGGAUGCCGGGAGAGGACGGGAGGAAGGGAGACAAAGGUGACGCGGGACCCCCUGGCAGAGAUGGCCGCAGCGGUGCCAAGGGCGAGCAGGGGGACAGAGGUGUGCCAGGCCCCCUUGGCCCCCCCGGCCUCCCUGGCGUCCCGGGGCAGGUCGGCCCCCCAGGCCAGGGGGACCCAGGGGAGCCUGGACUGCGAGGGGAGCCGAACAUUGAACGUAGCCUGGAAGCGCUUGGCAUCAAGAUUUCAUCCCUGAAGGAGCUCACGGGUGCCUAUGAUGGGAGCUCGGACUCAUUUCUGCCGGUGUCUGAGCGGCUGCGGGGACAGAAGGGCAGCCGGGGGGAGCCAGGAGAGAGGGGGCCUCCAGGCCGAGAGGGUUCCUUAGGCUUCCCCGGCGAGCGAGGACCCAAAGGUGACAAGGGGGACCCAGGUGCCCCCGGCCCUCAGGGCCCCACGGGCCGUGCUGUGGGUGAGCGGGGUCCCGAGGGGCCGCCUGGGCAGCCGGGGGAGCCUGGCAAGCCAGGCAUCCCCGGGGUGCCGGGCCGGGCCGGGGAGCUGGGGGAGGCCGGGCGGCCUGGCGAGAAGGGCGACCGGGGUGAGAAGGGUGACCGGGGUGAGCAGGGCAGGGACGGCUUGCCUGGCCUCCCGGGGCCCCCGGGGCCCAAGGUAGACGUGGUUGAGGGCAGCCUGAUGGGCUUCCCGGGCGAGCGUGGCCCCGCCGGACCCAAGGGAGCGAAGGGCGAGUCGGGAGCCGAGGGCGAGCGGGGACCCAAAGGAGAUAAGGGUGAGGGUGGCCCGCGGGGCGAGCGAGGGGAGCCCGGCGAGAAGGGCAGGGACGGCGCCCCGGGUCUCCCGGGUGAGAGAGGGCUGGCUGGUCCCGAAGGGAAGCCGGGCCUGCAGGGCUUUAGGGGGCCUCCUGGCCCCCCCGGAGACCCGGGACCCCCAGGACCUCCGGGUGAUCCAGGGGAACCUGGCUCCGGCAUCCGGGGGGAGAGUGGAAAGCCGGGCGUGCCGGGCAGAGAUGGCGUGCCGGGGAAGGACGGUGAGGCCGGGAUGCCUGGGAAGAUGGCCAUCGCUGGCCCUCCCGGCGCCAAAGGCGAGAAGGGCGAGCCGGCGCUGCUGGAGGGCGUGCUGCUGGGAGAACCUGGGGAGCCAGGAGGAUUCGGGGAGCCAGGAGAUCCUGGGGAAGAUGGUGACAUCGGCUUGCCAGGACUACCAGGACCCCCAGGCUUAGCAGGCAUCGCUGGGACGCCAGGACAGCCAGGCCUGAGAGGGGACAAUGGGCAGCCUGGCCCGCCAGGUCCCCCAGGAGAGAGGGGCAUACAAGGGGCCUCUGGCCUGAAGGGUGAUAAGGGCGCUCCAGGGGCUGGGCUGCCGGGAGCCAGAGGCGAGCGCGGAGACCCGGGGCCACGGGGUGAAGAUGGGCGCCCAGGACCAGAAGGGGAUCGUGGGCCAGCGGGCUUGCCCGGGAACCGGGGGGAGCGUGGGGACAAGGGAGACAUUGGGGCCCCAGGGCCCAAAGGAGACAAGGGCGAUACUGUGGUGGUGGAGGGGCCCGCUGGAGCGCGGGGCAGCAAGGGGGAGCAGGGAGAGCGUGGCCUGAAGGGCACAGAAGGGGACAAGGGGGACAAGGGGGAGCAAGGCAUGCCUGGAGAGAAGGGGGCGAGGGGCGAGCAAGGUGAGAAGGGCUCCACAGGCUUCCCCGGGGCACGUGGCCCUGGUGGGCAGAAGGGAGAGGUUGGAGCAUUGGGAGAGCCUGGUGAGCCGGGCCAGCCCGGCCGCGAUGGGAUCCCUGGAGCCCGGGGAGAGAAGGGGGACAUGGGACCCCUGGGCAUGCGCGGCCCCAAGGGUGACCGGGGCAUGAAAGGUGCCUGCGGCCUCGAUGGGGACAAGGGCGAGAAGGGAGAGCCAGGGAUCCCAGGGCGCUCGGGGCUGCCGGGGAGGAAGGGCGAGCCGGGAGAGCUGGGUCUGUCAGGACCACCAGGCAUCCCCGGGAAGGAGGGACUCAUGGGACCCAAGGGUGACCGGGGAUUCGACGGGCAGCAGGGAGCCAAAGGAGACCAGGGGGAGAAAGGAGACCGGGGCGCCCCGGGCAUUAUCGGUGGCCCUGGUCCCCGGGGUAGUGAUGGUGCUCCUGGUCCCCCUGGGCCCCCAGGGAGUGUUGGCCCACGAGGUCCCGAGGGCAUGCAGGGUCAGAAGGGGGAGAGAGGACCCCCUGGACAGUCAGUGCCGGGGGCCCGCGGCGUGCCCGGCAUCCCUGGCGAGAGAGGAGAUCAGGGCAGUCCCGGCACCCAGGGGCUCCGUGGGGAGAAGGGGGAGCCGGGCAUGACGGAGGAGGAGAUCCGCGCAUUCGUCAGGCAGGAGAUGAACCAGCACUGUGGUGAGCAUCCCCCACCAUUGCCCCGGGGCCGGGGGUCUGGCCCUUGCUGCCCCUGA